CCUAUCGGGGGCCGUUUAACGUUGGGUAAUUGGGGAAGUCGCGUAUUGUGUCAAUAACGAAGGAAAAUGUCUGGCAGAGGUAAAACUGGUGGGAAAGCCCGUGCUAAAGCAAAGUCUCGCUCUUCUCGGGCUGGGCUGCAGUUCCCAGUAGGCCGUGUUCACAGACUGCUGCGCAAAGGUAACUAUGCAGAGCGAGUCGGCGCGGGGGCUCCUGUUUAUUUGGCUGCAGUGCUGGAAUAUCUAACCGCUGAGAUCCUUGAAUUGGCUGGCAAUGCGGCUAGAGACAACAAGAAGACCAGGAUCAUUCCCCGUCAUCUCCAGUUAGCCGUCCGCAACGACGAGGAGCUUAACAAGCUUUUAGGCGGCGUUACCAUCGCACAAGGUGGAGUGUUGCCCAAUAUCCAGGCUGUUUUAUUGCCUAAGAAAACUGAGAAGCCAGCAAAGAGCAAGUAACCAGCUAACCAGUGUCUACUCAAAUACACAUCAACCAAAGGCCCUGAAGAGCCGCCCACUUCAAUCUAAAGAGCUUUUCUUCAACUGCCUAAUGCAAGGCCGAUGUCAUUAUGGCCUAGCUCGCGAACUGGUUUUGGGGAGCCUGGAGAUGAAGACGCAUUUGUCAUUUUAAAUAGCCAGUUAACUUUCUACGUCGUGUUGCUGCGUAAACACCAUUUGCAAUUUGGACAUUUUAACGGAUUUUAAAUGUACGCCGGUGCACUUCGAGGUGAAUGUGUAUUUGAAGAACAAGGCAUGUUACAUUCACUACACCAGAAUAUCCGCCUACUUUUAGGACCCCCAAAAGGUAAUCGAACUCAAAUGGUGACGCAUCUGCGGGGCUAGUGACGCCACAAAGAAUUUGUUUAUGGACCAAUUUGAUUUUAUUUGUAACUUACUGCUGUAUAUUAACUAUUUUGUGGAAAUGUGGGAUGUGAUGUCAAUACCCGUCGAUUUAAAAUGUGUGAUAUCGAAGCAAUUGUAUUCAAAUAGUUUCAUUAAUAAAUGUUA